GGCUGCUGAGGCGCCCGGCAGCCCCCGCGCGGCCUCGCCGCCAUGGCCUUCACGUUCGCCGCCUUCUGCUACAUGUUGGCUCUGCUGCUCACGGCCGCCCUCAUCUUCUUCGCCAUCUGGCAUAUUAUAGCAUUUGAUGAACUGAAGACUGAUUACAAGAACCCCAUAGACCAGUGUAAUACACUCAAUCCCACAGUUGAAAAGGUCAAAAAGAUUAAAAGAGUCAAAAUUGCAUUAAAGCUUGUACUUCCAGAGUACCUCAUCCAUGCAUUCUUCUGUGUCAUGUUUCUCUGUGCAGCAGAGUGGCUCACACUGGGUCUCAAUAUGCCUUUGUUGGCUUAUCAUAUUUGGAGGUACAUGAGCAGACCCGUGAUGAGCGGCCCGGGGCUCUACGAUCCUACGACCAUCAUGAAUGCAGAUAUUUUAGCCUAUUGCCAGAAAGAAGGAUGGUGCAAAUUAGCAUUUUACCUUCUAUCUUUUUUUUACUACUUAUACGGCAUGAUUUAUGUUCUGGUGAGCUCUUAAGAAGACAUUCAGCAAGCUUUGUUCCAGUUAAGUGCAUGCAAAAGCCACAAAAAACCAUGGAUUCUUUACAACAAGAACCUCUGACCAAGAUUAAAUCCGGAACCCGAUGUUCACAACUGAGUUAGAAAACAACGACUCCCCUAUUUUUAAAAUAUUUCCACAUUUUAUACUUGUGGAAAGACUGUUUUCUUAUUUUUACUGGGAUGCUGAAAUUAAUGAAUUACGUGUAAAUUAAUAUAAAGGUGACCGGGGUUUGAAAAGUUUUGACUUUGCACUCCAUAAGGAACAGCCAUAACCUUCGAGUAGGUGUUGGUUACUACUAGCCUUAGUACUCUAGGGAUUUGCUGUAGGAUGGGCUUUGUAGUGGCUCACUUGGACUUGUGUAUCCCACUCCUCACUCUAAAUCAGCCCUAGCUCCAGGUCUUGGGAACCAUUGGAAUGCUCUGUCUAUUACCCAUAGGUGAUGUUGGUCUUAGGAUAUUCAUUCAUGGACACAAAUGCAAAAGUAGUUCUGUUUUGGUUUAUUUUUUUAUUACUAUUUGGUUAAUCUCCUGUAUGUGCAUGGUCCGGAGCCUUCUGUAUCUUCUCCAAACGUUAACCCUGCUUUCAUCUCCAGCCUGGGUCAUUGUGGUAGGAGAAGCUGAGUUGUCCAUGAAGGAAUGAAUUUAAAUGGUUGGGGUUUGGUUUUUUUUUUUAAUGUCUGUGCGGUCUGAAUAACAAAUGGAGAAACCCCCAACAUUUAUCAAGUCCAAUGAUGAAAACACUCUUGGGUUUAAGAGUAGUAAGUACUACAGACUUCUUCAAAGCAGAAAGUGAGAUUGUGAAACUGCCCCGCUGUUCCUUAGUGCAAUAAAUGAUAAUAAAAAACCGAAUCUCAAAUUCAGCAACA